UUAAGUUAAGUCCUUCUCUUCCGACACUACCUCUGGUUCUGGUUCUGGUUCUGGUUCUGGUUCGUUCUGCAACCAUUCAUCACUAGAGAGAGAAAGUAGAGAGAGAAAGCGAGAGAGUUUUCGGGUUUGGGAAUUGGUGCUGCUCUGAGCUUGUUGAAUUUCCUUGGGAGGAUUGAGAAUUUGGAUUUCGGAUCGGAGAUUGCGUUGUUCUGCUUCUGCUGAUUCUGUUGAGGAGAAGGUUGUAUGGGAUGUGAAUGAGACGCAGGGAAUUUGUGAAGAUCUGUGAGAAAUGGCGACAUCGGAGGUAACGAACAAGGGAAAUUCUGUGAACGGAAUGGGUGACACCAACUACAACAACAACAACAACGAUGGUAGUAGAAACGGUGCAGGAGAGGGUCAGAGUGGUUCAUCAUCGUCACCGACGAGAGAUGCGGAAACUGCACUUUACAGGGAGCUAUGGCAUGCUUGUGCUGGUCCUCUGGUUACUGUGCCAAGAGAAGGAGAGCGCGUCUUCUAUUUUCCUCAGGGACACAUUGAACAGGUGGAGGCAUCGACGAAUCAGGUAGCGGAACUACACAUGCCUGUUUACGAUCUCCCACCCAAGAUCUUGUGUCGGGUCAUCAACGUGAUGCUCAAGGCGGAGCCAGACACAGAUGAGGUGUUUGCUCAGGUGACCUUACUUCCAGAACCAAAUCAAGAUGAGAAUGCGGUGGAGAAAGAGGCUAGGCUGCCGCCGCCACCACGAUUUCACGUGCAUUCGUUCUGUAAAACGCUCACAGCGUCGGAUACCAGUACACACGGUGGGUUUUCAGUGCUGAGACGACAUGCUGAUGAAUGCCUCCCUCCGCUGGACAUGUCAAAACAGCCACCUACCCAGGAAUUGGUAGCCAAGGACCUCCAUGGGAGCGAGUGGCGAUUCAGGCAUAUCUUUCGCGGUCAACCACGUAGACACUUAUUGCAAAGCGGUUGGAGUGUUUUUGUCAGCUCUAAGAGGCUAGUUGCUGGGGAUGCAUUUAUUUUCCUAAGAGGUGAGAAUGGGGAACUUCGAGUGGGUGUCAGGCGUGCCAUGAGACAGCAGGGUAAUGUUUCAUCUUCAGUUAUCUCAAGCCACAGCAUGCAUCUCGGUGUCCUUGCAACUGCUUGGCAUGCCAACUUGACCGGGACCAUGUUUACUGUUUAUUACAAACCUAGGACCAGUCCAGCUGAAUUUAUUGUUCCUUAUGAUCAAUACAUGGAGUCCCUUAAAAAUAAUUAUACCAUAGGUAUGCGGUUCAAAAUGAGGUUCGAGGGUGAAGAGGCUCCCGAGCAAAGGUUUACUGGUACCAUCGUUGGAAUUGAAGAUGCUGAUUCCAAAAGUUGGCCAAAAUCUAAAUGGAGAUGUCUCAAGGUGAGAUGGGAUGAAACAUCUAACAUACCACGUCCUGAGAGGGUUUCCCCAUGGAAAAUAGAGCCUGCUCUCGCUCCUCCAGCAAUGAAUCCUCUUAUAAUGCCCAGACCCAAAAGGCCUCGGUCUAAUGUGGUUCCAUCAUCCCCCGAUUCUUCGAUUCUUACUCGAGAAGCAUCUUCUAAAGUAAACGCAGACCCUUUGCCCGCCAGUGGGUUCCCAAGGGUCUUGCAAGGUCAAGAAUCAUCGACCUUGAGAGGUAAUUUUGCUGAGAGCAUUGAGUCUAAUACUGCAGAGAAGUCUGUUCCGUGGCCACGUGCAGCAGAUGAUGAAAAGAUUGACGCUGCUUCUACAUCAAGAAGGUAUGGAUCAGAGAGCUGGAUGUUAAUGGCAAGGCAAGAGCCAACAUAUUCAGAUCUUCUUUCAGGCUUUGGGGCCCGUGUAGAUCAUUCUUCCCAUCCAUCAUUUGUCAAUCAAACUGGUACUGUAGCUAACACUGGUAGGAAAAGUUUGAUCCAUCGCGAAGGGAAGCAUAAUGCGCUUACUCCGUGGACUGGAAUGCCUUCUAGUCUAUCACUCAACAUCUCGGACUCUAAAACAAAAGGUUCGACACUAGGCAGUGAUGUAGCUUAUCAAGUUCAAGGGAACUCGAGGUAUAGUGCAUUCGGUGAAUAUCAUGUCCUUCAUGGACACAAGGUUGAACAUCCACAUGGAAACUUUUUGAUGAAACAACCUGUUCCUACCCAAUAUGAGAGUCCUCAUUCAAAAGAACUAUUGCCCAGACAAUUGUCAGGAAACAGUUGUGGGGUUGCAAAACCCAAAGAUGGUGACUGUAAGCUAUUCGGCAUCUCUCUUAGUAGCUCCAUUGUACCAGAGCCUGCUACAUCACAAAGAGACGUUGAAAGUGAGCCAGUUAGUCACAUGAAUAUUACAUUACAACAACAUCGUACAUUUGAAAAUGAUCAGAAGUCUGGACAUACAAGAGGCACAAAACCAGCAGAUGGUCAAGUUGUAGCUGAUGACCAUGAGAGCCUACAAACUUCUCAGCCACUUGUUAAAGAUGUUCAACUUAAUUCCCAUAGUGGUUCAGCUAGAAGCUGCACUAAAGUUCACAAGAAGGGGAUCGCGCUUGGUAGGUCAGUGGACCUUUCAAAGUUUAAUGACUACGAUGAAUUGAUUGCUGAGUUGGAUCAGCUGUUUGAAUUUGGAGGUGAAUUAACUUCUCCACAUAAGGAUUGGCUUGUUGUCUACACUGAUAAUGAGGGGGACAUGAUGCUUGUUGGGGAUGAUCCGUGGCAGGAGUUUUGUGCCAUGGUCCGCAAGAUAUAUAUCUACCCUAAGGAGGAGAUUCAGAAAAUGAGCCCCGGUACUUUGAGUUCAAAAAAUGAAGAGAAUCAUUCAGCUAGUGAAGGUGCAGAUGCACAAGAAAUUAAAUGCCAGCCGCCACAAUCAGCUUCAGAUGCCUGAUAAUUCGUUGAUUUUGUUUCCGUAGCUUCCAGAUUCCAGACUGGUGUGGAAAGUAGUAGUGGACUGUCUUAAAGGCUUCCCCAAUUAGAGAACAUUACCUGAACAAGAAACUUUCUUAUCCUGAAUAUGACUGCUCCUCAAGUGAAUUUUGGUGUCUGGAAUCAGUACAUGGAUGGUAUGAAUACUCCAUCCAAUUUUGGACCAUGUCGUGGAAUUAUUAGUAUUGGUAUAUAUAUAUAUAUAUGCCUUCUCAGUUAUAUAUACUCCUAAUAUAGUAUGUAGUCAGUGCCUUGAGCGAGGUGAUAAGGGUGUAUCAACCUUGCAUUUUUCAGCUAUCCUACCUUGUACAUAGUUAGUCUCCCGUCCUUAGAACCCCAAUAACCCCAUUAAUGUAAUUAAGUUCUAUCUGAUUUUAACUUUGGUCUUUUCUUAUUUUAGUAGUUGUUUGUGCUAGUAUGGAGAACUCGUAGGGAAUGAUUGUGGAUAAUAUAUGCAUUUUGAUAUGUGUAUGAUUAAAUUUUGCACUAGUUUCUA